CUUUUCAUUACUUUUUGUUUUUUAUUUUUCCCCUUCUUCAGUUCUUCUAGGACCUUCUUGUUCUCCCUUCCCUUCUCUCUCCAAACCCUACCCCGCAUUCAUCUUUGAUCAUCGGUUGAAAGAUUGGGAAUUGACAAAAUGCAUCACCAGAGGCUGAAGCAGCAGCAGCAGGCCUUGAUGCAACAAGCUAUUCUCCAACAACAAUCUCUGUAUCAUCCUGGCCUCAUAGCUGCUCCUCCGAUUGAGCCUAUCCCAAGUGGAAAUCUGCCUCCUGGGUUUGAUCCAAGCACAUGUCGUAGUGUGUAUGUUGGGAAUAUUCACCCUCAAGUCACUGAACCUCUUAUGCAAGAAGUCUUCUCAAGCACUGGUUUGGUUGAAGGUUGCAAGCUUAUACGGAAAGAAAAGUCAUCUUAUGGAUUUGUUCAUUAUUAUGAUCGUAGAUUUGCUGCUUUGGCUAUAUUAGCACUUAACGGAAGGCAACUGUUUGGUCAACCUAUCAAAGUUAACUGGGCUUACACCAGCAAUCAGAGAGAGGAUACUUCAAGUCAUUACAAUAUAUUUGUUGGUGACCUUAGCCCUGAAGUUACUGAUGCUAUGUUAUUUUCUUGCUUCUCGGAUUACCCAAGCUGUUCUGAUGCAAGGGUCAUGUGGGACCAGAAAACUGGGCGCUCUAGGGGUUUUGGAUUUGUAUCUUUCCGAAACCAACAGGAUGCCCAAAGUGCCAUCAAUGAUGUAACAGGCAAAUGGCUUGGCAGUAGACAGAUACGAUGUAACUGGGCUACUAAAGGUGCUAAUGCCAAUGAUGAUAUUCAUAGCUCUGAUGCAAGAAGUGUUGUAGAACUAACAAAUGGUAUAUCAGAUAAUGGUGCAGAAGCAACUAACAGUGAAGCUCCUGAGAACAAUCCCCUGUACACCACUGUGUAUGUGGGCAAUCUUGCUGCUGAGGUAACACAAAAUGAUCUUCAUUGCCACUUCCAUGGUCUUGGUGCAGGGAUAAUUGUGGAGGUUCGUGUCCAGUGUGAUAAAGGGUUUGGUUUUGUAAGGUACAGCACCCAUGCAGAGGCUGCGCUGGCUAUUCAGAAGGGGAAUUGUCCUUCACUUCUUUUCGGAAAACAAAUUAAGUGCUCGUGGGGGAACAAGCCAACACCGCCAGGGACAUCGUCAAACCCACUCCCGCCACCAGAACCAGCUGUAUCGAUGCAGGGCACUACAGCAGCUGAUAUGUUGAUGUAUGGGAGGCAAGUUGCAAUGAGCAAGAUGGGGGGUGGAGUUAAUCCCGCUCUGAUGCACCACUCUCACCCUCAGGGUCAACACCAUCAUUCAAUGAAGCAACUUGGGUCAAUGGGGGGAGGGGUUGCAGGAGCAAGCCAAGCCAUAUACGAUGGCGGCUUCCAGAGUGUCGCAGCUGCACAGCAGUUCAUGUACUAUCAGUGAGGAGAUGGCAAAAGCCUGUAGGCAUUGCCCCUUUCUAACCCCUUUUCUUCCCCUUAAAAUUUGAGUUUUAUCACCAUUCUUAGUUAUGUUUUAUAGCUGCCUCGCCUGUCCAUUGUUUCGGUACUUAUUGUAUGUUCUGUGUACGCCCAUGUGUAGGUCUAACAUUAAUGGGCACUGCAAAGUUGCUAUCACCGAAUACCGAUAGAAGUAGUCUUAUUUAUUGUACGGAGUAUUAUUUAUUGGCUGGUGAGUGAUGAGCUUUGUGAACUCAGAUGCUGAAACUGAAAGCACACUUGCGUCAUUGCGUGUAGAAUUAAUGGUUUUCCUGUCAGUUUUGCAGUAUGACAAAAAAUAUUGCAUGCAAAAAGUUAAUAUAUUCAUUUACAACAAUUCAGUCACA